AUGCAAACCCAGGCGGAGGACCUGCAGCCUCCUUACCGGGUGUUGAAGAGAGAGGGGUUAAAAGGAAGCUGGAAGAGCCUGAGGACAGAGCGCACCUCUUUCUGGGAGGCCAUAGACCCAAGCAGGUUUCUGGGAGACAGUCUGCUGCUUGGGACCAGCAUCCAGGUGGUGUCAUUUUUCCCACUUACGUGCUGGCAGGUACACUUGCCGCUAGCCACCAGCAGGACGCCCUUGAAGAUGCUGACUGUGAAGACGCUGGCCCUGUGCUUGAUUCUUGCUAAGUCAGCCUGGUCGGAGGAGCAGGACAAGGUGGUACACGGUAGCCCCUGUUUGAAGAACUCGCACCCUUUCCAAGCUGCGCUCUAUACCUCGGGUCACUUGCUGUGUGGUGGGGUCCUCGUUGACUCACAGUGGGUUCUCACAGCUGCCCACUGCAAAAAACCGAAUCUGGAGGUGCGCUUGGGGAAGCACAACCUAUGGCAAACAGAGACUUUCCAAAGGCAGAUCUCUGUGGAUCGGACUGUUGUCCAUCCCCGCUACAACCCUGACACCCACGACAAUGACAUCAUGAUGGUGCACCUGAACUCUCCAGUCGAAUUUUCUCAAAAGAUCCAGCCUCUGCCCUUGAAGAAAGACUGCUCUGACGACAAUAUCAACUGUCAGAUCCUGGGCUGGGGCAAGAUGGAAAAUGGUGAAUUCCCAGACACCAUCCAGUGUGCUGAUGUCCAACUGGUGCCCCGCAGUGAAUGUGAGCUUGCCUACCCUGGUAAGAUCACCCGGAACAUGGUGUGUGCAGGGGACAAGAAAGAAGGGAACGACUCCUGCCAGGGUGAUUCUGGAGGUCCCCUGGUAUGUGGGGAUCGCCUCCGAGGGCUGGUGUCAUGGGGUAACAUGCCCUGUGGAUCAAAGAAGAAGCCAGGAGUUUACACUGAUGUCUGCACUCAUACCAGAUGGAUCCAAAACAUCAUCAGAAACAAGCGGCUCCGACAUGAGACAUCCAGUUCUUGA